AUGUCAAAAGAGAUAACAUUAGAUAUUUGUAAACUAUUACCAAAAGCAGAGUUACAUCGUCAUUUAGAUGGUUCAAUUCGAUUGAAUACCCUGGUGGAGUUGGCAUUAGAACAAAACAUUCCACUGCCAACCUAUGAUCUCGAUAAGAUUGGUGAUUACAUUCUCAAAGACAAGAAUUGCAAUGGUUUACCACAUUUCCUUGAGGCAUUCCAAUAUACUUGUGCUGUAAUGCAAACUGCCUCUUCAAUUACAAGAAUAUUCUAUGAGAUGUGUGAAGAUGCUCAUUUGGAUGGUGUUACCUAUUUGGAAGUGAGAUUCAGUCCUGUCCUUCAUAUUAACAAUGGACUGUCGUUGGCCGGUGUAAUGGAAGCGGUUUGCGAUGGUCUGGCGUUGGUCGAGUUGAACCUGACCAUCAAGGUGAGAAUCAUUGUUUGUGGUUUGCGUCAUUUGGAUCCAUCGGUCACCAAGGAUCUUGCAGAGAUUGCAUGGCGUUAUCGUAAUAAAGGUGUGGUUGCAUUCGAUUUGGCUGGUGCUGAAAACGGCUACUCCUCGGUGCUCCACAAAGAAGCAUUCGCCUUGAUCCGUCAGAAAGGAGUCAAUUGUACACUUCACUCUGGUGAAGAUUCCUCAUGGGUAUCGGUUGCCGAUUCCAUCCAUUGUGGAGCACAUCGUAUUGGGCAUGGAAUUGCCGUACAAGAAAAUGAAGCUCUCUUGAACUACAUGGUAAAUAGACGUAUUCCAAUUGAAUGUUGUAUCACCAGUAACUAUCAGAUCAAGGGAAUUGAAUCGCCAGCUGCUCAUCCCAUUAGAAAGUAUUUCGAUGCCGGUGCUGUCGUUGCUUUGUGCUGUGACAAUGUGACUAUGUCCAAUAUCAAUUUGUCGGGAGAAUUCAAGUUGGCAAUCGACACUUUCAAUUUCCAAGUGGAGGAAGUAGUACGUCUGAUUGACCAUUCGUUCUCAGCGGCAUUUAUUGAAUCGCCACUCAAGAAGAUGUUGAGAAUCAAUGCUGUUCAUCGUGCUAUCCAGGUAUUCAAGGAGAAUGGCUACGACGUCUCUGGUGUCCUAGCGAAUAAACACUACUAUUUGGAGCACGGUGUCGAUGUCAAUUGUCAGUCUGCCAUUCCAAAGCCUGUACAAAGCACACCACCCAAGGUAACACUGGAGAUGUUGAAAUCACUUCCAAAAGCAGAUCUUCACUGUCGUUUCGACGGAUCGGUUUCGGUCGAGCAGAUGUGGCGUGAAAUCGAAUUGGCCAAAAUCGAUUUGAUUAUGAAUUCACUGUUGCAAUCGAAGGAGCAAAUCGAAAGAGGAUUCGAUGAUAUCAUUGAAACCGCUAUUAAAGACAAUGUUUUAUACAUGGAGAUGGCAAUCAGACCUGCAUCCCAUUUGAAACAGCUAAAAUCACAGGAACAAGUCUUGGAUAUUUUAAUUGCCGCCAAACAGAAAUGGGAGGCAACCGACAAAAUUAAAAUAUCAUUCGUUAUUUACAUAUCGCCAAACAGUGAUGAUCCAAUCGAUGCUCUAAACACAGCCAAAUUAGCAGUAUCCAAUAAAAACAAUGGUGUUUGUGGAUUUGGUAUUUUUGGAAGUGAACAAAUACCACCAAGUGAAAUGCAUUACUAUUCAAAGACUUUGGAUUAUUUAAAAUCUGAAAAUUUCAAUAUUGUUCAAUUCUGUGGAAAAUCAGAUAUCGACUCGGUUGUUUCCACCAUUCAUGUGUCGGGAGCGUCGCGUCUCUCUGGAGCUUUCCAAAUUCACAAGUAUCCAAGAAUGAUGCAAUACCUCUCGGCCUAUUCCAUUCCAAUCGAGUUGAGUCUUACCGAUAAGCUCAAGGUAUUCACAGCCGACAUGUCAUUCACUACACCAAUCAGACAUCUACUCGACUCCAACGUCCCAGUGGUGAUCUGCACCUUCCGAAGCAGUCUCUACUCCAUCUCCAGAGCCCAAAUGUUGUUGGAGAUCGUUAACAAUUCACAACUCAAUUUGAAGCAUGUAUUCUCGCUGUUGAGAAAUUCCUAUUCCUUCAACUUCCAAUCGCACACCUCCAAACAACAAUUGAAAAAGAAAUUCUAUUCAUUAUCCAAUGAAUAUUUGCAAUCAAUCAAUAUUAAUAUUGAUACUUUAUAA